AUGGCGGAAAAGAGCGUCCAAAUCGUCGCCACUGCCUCGGCAUUCCUUCUCCUAACAUGGCUUGCCGUCAGUCUCCGCGUAUAUUGUCGAACUGUUUUGGUGCGGUCGUUCGGUGUCGAUGACAAGAUCAUGGUCUUCCUCCUGAUCAUUUUCACCGGAUAUCUAGUGUUGCAGAUUUACGGAGGAAAACAUGGGAUAGGGCGGGUCGACACAGAGAUCACCGCUGGCGAGAGAAGAACCAUGUUGCUGCUAUGGUGGAUCCUCGAGCUGCUCAACGUCAUCUCAACCUGCGUCCUCAAAAUCUCCGUCGGCUACUUCCUCCUCCGAGUCGCACUCGACCGGCCGCACAUAUGGAUAAUUCGAGCUCUCAUGGUCGGGACAGUCGUCUUCGGCACGACGUACCUCUUCAUGGUGGCAUUCCAAUGUAGACCGGUGCCGACAUACUGGGAGGAAGGGCCAAGAACGCCGGGAAAAUGCUGGCCUUCGCGGGUUAUUUACAUCAUGACGAUUGCGGCAACGGUCAUCAAUACGAGUGCAGACUUCAUUUUCGGUGUUUUGCCAUGGUUCAUCGUCAGAUCCAUGAAUCUUCCCAUCGGGACGAAGAUCGUGGUGGUUUGUAUCCUAGGACUAGCCGCUGUAGGAAGUACUGCCACCAUUGUUAGAGCGUUCUACAUCCCGACCUUACUAGACGGCCAGGACUUUCUUUACGAAACGUCCAACUUUGCAAUAUGGAGCACAGUCGAGCCGGGUGUUGGCAUCGUAGCAGCGUCAAUAGCAACGUUGAGACCUCUUUAUCAGAUGGCACUCACCAAGAUGGGUCGUUCGUCGGUUUACCGUCAACGGAGAGACCGAAGAGAGAGACAGCAAGCGCGCAGGAACGAGACGAGCCGGAUGGUACGCCAGGCACACAACCUCGACCCUGAAGAUGGGCCGGCCGACUCAGACAUCACCUCGCCCCACGGGAUUCUCGAAGUCAACCCCCCUUCUCACCAGGUCAGCAAGCAGACAGAAUCAACGGUCAAGACGAGCACAUCUAGAACUAAAUCUCCACGACCGAGAAUGAGCUUAUUCGACGUGGAUGUUCCGACAUCAAGGUUGAGACUCAGCGAUGAUUUUCGACGGACGAUGGUUCGGCCUCCAGAGGAGUGGCUAUCGAGGCUCAAAGAUUGA